AUUCGUUUCAUCAAACCUCUGGGCAUCUGGAAGGUCGACUUGACUAUAUUAUAGCUAUGGAUGGCCCCCUUGAUGUUGACGAGAUUUGGAAAUCCCUAGGAACAUGGGGACGGUAUCAGCGAGGACAAAUGUUCCUUUGUCUAGUUGCAGUUAUCCCAGUAGCUUUUCAUCUUCUUUGCAUUGUAUUUAUAGCCUAUCGACCACCAUUUGAGUGCAAUCAAACAACAAUAGGAGAUAUUUUUCCUCAUCAGGAUGAAUACGACAAUAGGAAUACAACGUACAGUUUUGUCUACAACAAAUGCUCCAUAGAUGUGUACAGUAAUGAAACAGACUCCAACUCUACACUCAUUACAAGUACAGAUUGUGUAUCGGGAUAUUCGUAUGACGUGCAUCAUGACGCCUCCAUAGUAACGGAGUGGAACUUGUUUUGUGGCGGAGGGGAAGCGGCAGAAUUAGCACAAACUCUGGUGAUUCUUGGACAGGGAAUAGGAGCAGUCAUAUUUUCAUCUUUGGCAGACAUGUAUGGACGUAAGCCUGUCCAUGUAUUCUGCCAUAUCGCCAUGUUUGCAACGACGCUUAGUACUGCAUGGUCUCCGAAUUCUGCAGUCUUCAUCAUCUUAAGGUUUUUUAUGGGAUCUUUACAAUCGGGAACUGGUUUAACCGUGGCAGUCACAGCACUGGAAUCACUGCCGGUGAAUUCCAGAUAUUUGUGGGAAAUCGCUGACUUAGUAUGUUGGACCACCGGAUGUAUUCUCGUCGCACCUGUAGCCUACAUCUUCCGGGAUCUGUCAUGGCGUUCUAUGCAAAUUGCAUUCGCUGUUGGAUCAGCAUAUAGUCUGCUUGAAUAUUGGUUCCUUGAAGAAUCGCUAAGAUGGCUUCUCGCAAAUGGCAAGAAGGAAAGAGCUGAAAAGAUCAUCAGGAUGGCUGCACGAAUGAAUGGCAAAGACUUUGAUUCCGUUAUCAAAGCCGCCUCUGCCAAGGCUCGGGAAAUGGAGACAUUUUUGACAAAGUCUAACGGUAACCCUCCGGCAGAAACUGCAUCAACGCCGGAGACAAGCAUGGUGGAAAAUUCCAAAGAUGACACAAAAGUUCAGGGUGAUAAAAAGCCAGAAAAAUACAACGCAUUAACUAUAUUCAAACACAAGCGGAUUCUUCUUAACUCUCUCAUUAUUUGGUAUACAUGGACAACAAACAGUCUUGUGUAUUAUGCUUUAUACCUUGGUUCCACGUCCCUCUCUGGCGAUCGUUACAUCAACUACUUCCUGAUGGCCCUGGUGGAGUAUCCUGCCGCUGUCUCCCAGUGGUAUUCUAUCAAAACAUAUGGACGGCGGAAAAGUUGUAUAAUAUUCCACACCAUCGCCGGUAUAUCUCUAGCAGUAUCCACCGUGUGUUUAGUCUACAAAGAUGACAUUACUGAGUUAGGAACAGUUUCUCUCGUAUUCAAUUUCUUUGGAAAGUAUGCGAUCACGGCUUCAUUUAGUACCAUAUUCCUGUAUACACCGGAGUUAUACCCGACCAACUUAAGGAGCGCUGGACUUGGGCUGGCGUCCACGUGCUCUCGGAUGGGAGGAAUGCUUGCUCCAUUUGCAGCGUCUGUGGCUGGCGUCGUAAUCUGGUUACCAGGAGCUGUCUUUUCUGUCAUGUGUCUCAUAACAGCCUAUCUGACAUCAUUCUUGCCGGAAACCUCUGGUCAUGAACUACCAACAACUAUAUCGGAGUUGAAGCUGUGGUACAAAGCUAACACAGGAAGCAGACAGAAACCAAAGAAAGUCGUGGCUUCAUAAACAACUGAUAUGUCUGUGUACCGAUUUAUAAACUCAUUAAAUCAGAUUCCUGUUCCACAUUU